AAUAAAUUUACUUUUAUAGGUUUAAUUAUACCAAAAAGAUACUUAUGCCACAAGUAUAAUGAUGAAAGCAUUUUAGCAUUAUACUUAUAUCCUUAUAUCAUUCGUAGUCUAUAUGUAAUACAAUUAUUCUUAUACCUAAUAAACAUAGUUACAAUUUUAAUUGGAACUCAACCUUAUUAUUGUACAAAGAGGAAGUAUUGUGUAAAUACUAUUCUCUCGCCUUUAGUGAUAAAAAUCAUGAGGAAUGUGGAAAUUAAAGCAGAAGUGUACAAUCUUGACAAACUCGUCGAGUUAGUAAAGGCCUUGGCCCCUCAAAGGCACGAAAUUAUUAUUCAAAAAGAUACUUUCUAUAAAGUUCCAAAUGGAAGACUUAAAUUAAGAAAAUUUGAGAAUGGAUCAGGAGAAUUGAUUUAUUAUGAACGACCAGACACGGAAGGACCAAAAAUGUGUUUAUAUGAGAAAUCUUCUAUUUUGCCCGAAAAUCUUAAUAGUAUCCACACUACCUUAGAAAAAGCAUUAGGAACUAAAAUUGUUGUUAACAAAAUUCGACAAUUAUUCAUGGUUGGUCAAACAAGGGUUCACGUGGAUUCUGUUGAAGAUUUGGGAGAUUUUAUGGAGUUGGAGGUGGUUUUAAAAGAUGAACAGACAUCUGAAGAGGGCGAAAAAAUCGCCUUCGAUAUAAUGGAAAAACUUGAAAUAUCCAAGGAAAAUUUAAUUUCAGGUGCUUAUGCCGAUUUGUUGAGAGACAAAUGAUGUGAAUUCAAAAUACUGCGAAUUUACUAUGGUAUAAUUCUAUUAUAAUUUUGAAAAAGUAUAGGCAGCGUACAUGAGGAAACUAUAAUGUGUUUAUGAACUGAAGUGGAUAUACAGAUUGUUUUGCACUCAAAUAUGUUUUUAUUCUGUAAUAAACAUUAUUGAAUAUUU